UCGUCAAGAAAGGCACUAUGGAGGAGUUACGCACACAAUACAUACAGAGUGCUUCCCCCUCGAUCUUGUGUUCGACCGGAAGAUAAACACUAUAUGUAACUGUGACGCAGCCUUCUUCUGCUUUUUUAUCAUAGGUACACCAUCAUUUUGAGCUCUCAUGACAAGAUAAAUCCUUGGCACACUUGUAGUGAGCAAAGUCAUAAGGAGUGGGUGAUUAUAAAAGGUUUGCCUGACACACAUCCUUGCUUACUUUGACAGCACAGAAAAGACCACAAUCAUGAUGCGUGCCCUUCUGAUCAUCCUUGCCUUUGGUCUGGCUGCUGCUCUUGACCUUGAUGGAGAAUGGGUGAUGUUCAAAAAAAGCUACAACAAAAUGUACAAGAAUGACAAGGAAGAGCGCUAUAGGCGUGGAAUAUGGGAAUACCACCUAGACUAUAUUCAGAAACACAACUUGGAGGCUGAUCGUGGAGUUCACACUUUCUGGCUUGGGGUCAAUGAGUAUGCUGAUAUGUCAAAUGAUGAGUUUCGUAAAGUGAUGAAUGGAUACCAAAUGAAAAAUUCUCUAAGAUACGAAGGCAUCACCUUUCUGCCUCCUUCCAACUUGGGUGACCUUCCUGACACUGUCGAUUGGCGCACAAAGGGCUAUGUUACUGGAGUCAAGAAUCAGGGUCAAUGUGGAUCUUGCUGGGCUUUCUCCACCACUGGAUCACUUGAGGGCCAGUGGUUCAAGAAGACUGGGAAACUGAUAUCACUGUCUGAACAAAACUUGGUGGAUUGCUCCCAGAAAGAAGGUAACCAAGGCUGUGAAGGUGGUUUAAUGGAUCAAGCCUUCACUUACAUCAAGGAAAACAAAGGCCUUGACACUGAGGCUUCUUACCCAUAUGUUGGAGUUGAUGAGAAAUGCAAGUUCAACGCUGCCAGUGUUGGUGCAAAUGACACUGGAUUUGUGGAUGUCAAGUCCAAGAGUGAGGCUGACUUGCAGACUGCUGUGGCAACAGCUGGACCUGUCUCUGUUGCCAUUGAUGCCAGCCACAUCACCUUCCAGUUGUACCGGUCUGGGGUGUAUCACAGUAUCCUCUGCUCACAGACAAACCUGGACCAUGGUGUGCUGGCUGUUGGCUAUGGAACAUAUGAAGGAAAGGCUUAUUGGCUUGUGAAGAACAGUUGGGGCACAAGUUGGGGAAUGGAGGGCUACAUCAUGAUGUCCAGAAACCGUGACAACAACUGUGGCAUUGCAACUGCAGCCAGCUACCCAACAGUGUGAACUGUUGCCACUACAACCUGCACGCACAUAUAUAUCAAACCUCUUAUAAUGAUAAUAUAUUCUUUACUUAUGCCCUCUAGAUUUGGAGAUAAAGGAAUUUAAGGCUUUAGGACACUAGGUUCUCCCCCCCCCCAAAAAAAAAAAAGUACUCAAGACAUUUGCUCAGUGAUAAUAGAAAGAAAUGUAUUCAUGAAAUGUUUGUAGCCUGUUAGUAUAUUACUUACAUCAGCAAAAAAAGAAUGUUAAGGAGAUUGCUUGUGCAUUUUGUUUGGGAUAUAGAACUACUCUGGACAUCUUCAAAACAGAAGCAAGAAAAGUAUUUUUAUAUCUGCAGACUUGUUAGUUCUAAGGCAGCUUUUUCCCAGGAAAGACUAAUUGUUGGUUCUGUGUCCUAUGAUUAUGGUUGCUUGGACUAUACUUGAUGAUGAUGUGAACUUUUAAAAAUUCGAUACACUGUUUUAUGCUACUAGUAAGUUUUUGUCAAUUAAUAUUUGGUCAUGAUACAUAAAACAAGAAAAUAUUACAGAGAAA